CAGAGUUCCUAGGUUCACAUUCCUGUUCUUCCUUCUUCUGAUACUGGAUUUGCACAAGUUAUUUAAGCUCCCUGGGCUGAGAGUCCUCAUUGGUCACCUCAUGGAGUUAUUGGAAGGAUUAUAUGAGAAAAUAAUUGCAUGGCAUUUGACAGAUUGUCUUCAACAUGGCACCUCUGUCUGGAGCUCUAAAGGACAAAGGGAAGAAUCAUGUCCAUGAUCGCAGCUUUCUAUGGUGGCAAGUCCAUUCUCAUUACUGGGGCCACAGGCUUCCUAGGCAAAGUGUUGAUAGAGAAGCUGUGUCGCACCAGCCCCGACCUGAAAGUCAUUUACAUCCUUGUGAGGCCCAAGGCUGGCCACACACUGCAGCAGAGGGUUUCCCAGAUCAUAAAUAGUAAGCUGUUUGAAAAAGUCAGAGAAGUUUGUCCAAACUUGCCUGAGAAGAUCAGAGCUAUUUCUGCAGAUCUCAACCAGAACGACUUUGCCAUCAGCAAGGAGGACAUGCAGGAACUUCUCUCCUGUACCAACAUUAUCUUCCACUGUGCCGCCACCGUACGCUUUGAUGACCAUCUGAGACAUGCCGUGCAACUGAACGUCACUGCCACCCAGCAGCUCUUGUUUAUGGCCAGUCAGAUGCCACAGCUCGAAGCCUUCAUACAUAUCUCUACUGCCUUUUCGAAUUGUAACCUGAAGCACAUCGAUGAAGUCAUCUAUCCGUGCUCUGUGGAACCAAAAAAAAUCAUCGACUCCAUGGAGUGGUGGGACGACGCCAUUGUUGAUGAGAUUGCACCCAAGCUGAUGAGGGAUUGGCCCAAUACUUACACCUACACCAAGGCCCUGGGAGAGAUGGUGGUACAGCAGGAGAGCGGGAACCUAAAUAUCGCCAUCAUAAGGCCCUCCAUUGUGGGAGCAACCUGGCAGGAGCCUUUCCCAGGUUGGGUUGAUAACCUAAAUGGACCUAAUGGGAUGAUUGUUGCGGCUGGGAAAGGGUUUCUUCGGGCCAUAAGAGCCUCUCCGCUGGCUGUGGCAGAUUUAAUUCCGGUUGAUACAGUCAUCAACCUCACCUUGGCUGUAGGGUGGUACACGGCAGUUCACAGACCUAAGUCAACGUUAAUCUACCACUGUACAUCUGGUAACUUCAAUCCGUGUAACUGGGGCAAAAUGGGAUGCCAAGUCUUGUCAACCUUCGAAAAAAUCCCAUUUGAGAAAGCUUUUAGGAGGCCACAUGCUGACUUCACAGCCAACACCAUCACAGUCCAUUACUGGAAUGCAGUCAGUCACCGAGCCCCUGCCAUGAUCUAUGACAUCUAUCUGUGGCUCACAGGAAGGAAGCCCAGGAUGACAAAGCUCAUGAAUCGGCUUUUAAGAACCAUUUCCAUGCUGGAGUAUUUCAUCAACCGGAGUUGGGAAUGGAGCACAUACAAUACGGAAAUGCUGAUGUCUGAGCUGAGUCCUGAAGACCAGAGAAUAUUCAACUUUGAUGUGCGCCAGUUGAACUGGUUGGAAUACAUUGAGAAUUAUGUUUUAGGAGUUAAGAAGUACUUAUUGAAAGAGGAUAUGGCUGGGAUCCCAGAAGCAAAGCAACACUUAAGAAGGCUCCGAAAUAUUUACUACCUCUUCAAUACUGUCUUCUUCCUCAUCGCCUGGCGCCUUCUCAUUGCGAGAUCUCAGAUCGCUCGGAACGUCUGGUUCUUCAUCCGUUGCAUCUUUGCCUAACUGCUGACGACUGCAGAUCUCCUUCCCCUCACAAAAAAGGACAGAAUCUUCCAAAGAAACUACCAGAUAAAUAUAAAAUAACACAUACGUACAUAAAUACUUCACUUUUUCUGACACCAUUAAUUGGGUUACGUUUACAUGCUGAACCGUGUUCUGUGGCAAUAUCUGUGGCAUUAGAGAAAUGACAUGAAUAAAAUUCUCCUGUGAUGAUUAAGCCGUAAAAGUAGAUAUCUGUAUGAAAGACAAUCUCUAAUUAUUUUAAUCAACAUCAACUGACAAUUAUUUGAGUGCCUAAUAUAUACAACGCAAUGAGAAAGAACUUUCUACUUUUGUGGGGCAGGGGACAGUAAGUACAAAGAGAAGGUAUCUGUUUAAAAAGAAGUUUUGGUAAUUCCUAUAUUCUGCAUCCACAAGAUACCUGCUACAGUAACAAAUCCUGCAGAGUUGAAGACAGUCACCAACUGAGGCAAUUAAUACUAGAAAAAAUAGAGGCAGAUGAGCACACAACUCCGAAAAACAUUUCUCACAGUUUUAUACUAACCUAACAUCAUUAUCUCCAGUUAACAUCUCAUUUUCAUAACUGAUUUAGAAUCUCAAGGUAGAUUGAUCUGAGAAGGGACUAACAUCCAGACAGUGUGUUAUCUCACAAUGAACACAGCAAUUAAAGUAUGCCAGCCUAAAGUUUCCAAAAACAUCAAUAAUUUUCAACCUUCACAGGAAUCACAUGCAAAUUUCCACAUGGCUAUUUUUCCAGAACUGAAAAUCUAUGUUCUGGGAACAUAAGCGACUGCCUAUAGUAAAAAGUAAUGGUUGUCCCAUAUGCCCACAUAGAAGUAUGGAAAAAUGCCCACUGCCUAGAUUACUUUUGAAAAUACGUUUUUUUACUUUAACAAAAUAAAACUAAUAAUUGCUAGUUUUAGGAUGUAACUGGCUUGAGAGACGCUAGUGCCUGUGAAAUGUAGAUACGGUUAUGGCAAAGUUGAAAUUGAGUUUUAGUAGCUAGAAACAGCUCUUCUAAUACAGAAACACUUUAGGUGUUUCCUUACUCUAUUUAAAAUACUGAUUCCAACCCUGAACCGUAAGUGGGUGGGGAGAUGUGAGGUUGGCCAAGUUGCAUGAAUUCUAGAAAAAUACCUUAAAGAAAUUAAAGGUGAGUAUAGUACAAAAAAAAAAAAAAUCACCAAAUUGAUUUGCAUAAUGGCUUGAAAACAGUAAAAUUUAGACAGCAUUUCUCAUAGUUACAUGAGUUGUUGCUGGAGGUCUGCUUUAGUCUACAGCUUGCACUAACAUAUACUUUCCCCACACCUUCUCAUUCUGUUUUACCUUAAAAUUAUUACACCAAAUAGUAUCAAUGAGUUACGAUAUUUGCAAGAGUUGUUAACCUAAUUCCUUUUGAUAAAUACCCAAUACAACUUGGAGUUGUUAAAGCAAAACUAUUUAAAUCUUUCACUGAUUACAAUCUUAUAUUCAAUUCUGUUUCUAGGUUUAUAGACUUGAGUCAACUGCUCAAUUUUCACCACUCAUUCAUUUUUUUAAUAUGAAAAAUAUAAAAUCAAUCCAAUUUCAUACAGUAAUUUAGCUCCAUCUGGAGCAAAAGCAAAUGUAACCAAGUGAUAUUGCUGGUCUUCCUAUGAGGAAAAAAAAAGCUUAAAUAUGAGGAACUGAGGCUUAUUUGGGGGUACCUGAGGGUAAAAGGACAAAGAAUUGUUUCAUAAUUUGUCAUUUUACUUAGAGUCCAAAUGUUGAGGAUUGAGACAUUAAAUGAGUCUUUUGUGUUGUCUUUUCUCUUAAAAUAAAAUUUAAAAACUAAAGGGAAACCAAAAAAUCCAAGGCAGUUUGUUUCCUCUUAAAAUAACACAAAGUGAUUUCAUCACUAAAGAAAUACUUCAAAAGAGGGGAAAAACCACACGAAGGAAAUCCGUGGAUAUGAAUCCAGGCAUCACACUAUAAGGCAGUGAACAAAUGGCAAUCUCUCUAUUCAGAGGGUGCUGACAGAGGGACCCACCUUGUCUUGCUGAAGGUUUGCUAGAGCUCCAAACAGAAGGGGAACUUCAGUGCUAGGUGAAAGAGCAUGGUGGGAUCUUAAGGGUCCUAAGACUCAGGUUGAGCUCAUUUUUAAACAUUAAAAAAUAUGCAUCUUGAACUCAAGUUCGAGUUCAAAGUUUUAAAUUUUGAAGGAGUUGUAUAUAAAUUUACUUUUUACUUCAAUUACUAACCCAAGCCAUGACAGAAUGCAUCUCUCUACUUAUACCAUUAAAAAUUAGAUCUUAGUCAUUUCUUUAUGAAUUACAAAGUUGUUUAAACAUUGUAAACUUUGUUUGCAUUAGUAAAUCAAUCCUUAUAAAAAUUCAGUGUUUUCUAUCAUAAAAUAUAUAUGAGAAAAGUGAUAUUAAUCACCUAAGUUGAGAACUAGGAGUCAUUUUGUAAGUCUGAUGAAUACUGAGUUAAGCUUUUCCCAAGAGUCUGAACUGUACAAAUAUUGCAGCAAUUAUUCACCUAAAUAUUUCAUCCCUUUUUAUAGGCCAAUGUGUACAGUUUUAAAAAACCCAUCUCACAUAAUUUGAGAUUCAACUUUUAAAAUAGUUUAGCUAGAAUAUAUACAUAUAGAUAUUACGAAUACCCUAACAAAAUGCAAAGGAGGAUUGAGUAAUAAGUUGGGUAUCCUACUGGAGGCACCCCCAGGCACAAGCCAAAGCUACAUAAUAGGUAGGUCAGUAGCAUUCUCUGCAAUGGAAAAGAAACACUUGGUGAGGUCAAAAACAAACAAAUCCUAAAGCAGGUGUACUUCAUCAUCCAUCAUCCAAAUGCUGGUCAGAAUCAAUACUUUGUCAAAAAUCUGACCCUGACUAUUUGAGGAGUUUCAGGUGGAAACUUUUCUUAAUUUUUAAAAUGGAGCAGAGUAGGACUUUGUUUUAAAGAAAUUCCUUUUAUAGUCAGUUUUAAUGGGACAGAUUAAUUCCAUUAAAAUUUUAAUGAUUAUUUGGAAAAUAUGAAAUCAAUUAAAAAUGAUAUAUGAGUACCAAAAUAAUUUUUAACAUCCUUUCUAAAGAUAUUUAACUGUUAUAAUGUUAACUGAAAGGAAGUAAUUCUAAAUCAAUAUUGGUUUUCCUCCCAUUAAAAAAAAACUCUGGGGGCCAUCCCAGCUGUGCAGUAGUUGGGUUUGUAUGCACCACUUUGGAGACCUGGGGUUUGCGGCUUUGGAUCCUGGGCAAGGACCCACAUACUGCUCAAGUCAUGCUGUGGCAGUGUCUCACAUAGAAAAUAGAAGAAGAUUGGCACAGAUGUUAGCUCAGGGCUAAUCUUCCUCACCAAAAAAAAUCCCAAAAGACAAAAACCCCUGAAAUUUGAUUGAACUGACAAGCAGAUUCACAGAACCAACAUUCAGUUAGUCUAAAAUAACUAAAAGUCUAAUUAAAAUUCCUUUUGAAGAAAAAAUAAACAAAUGGGACUUCAUUAGACUAAAGAGCUUCUGCAAGGCAAAGGAAACCAGGAACAAAACAAAAAGACAACCCACCAACUGGGAGAAAAUAUCUGCAAAUCAUAUAGGUAACAAGGGGUCAAUCUCCAAAGAACUCACACAACCCAACAAGACAAAAGCAAACAACCCAAUCAAAAAGUGGGCAGAGGAUCUGAACAGACAUUUUUCCAAA